UGUACAAGCUUGUUGGGGACGAUGCGGCUACAAGCGGAACACUUGGUGAUGCUGAUGCUCGUUACUUACGGAGCGGUAGAAUGUUUGGAUGUGAUCUGUCAGAUUCAGCUGCAACUCCCUAUCGAGAGUGCGCUGGCAAAGGAGCUGCGUUCGUGUAGUGUGUUCAUAGUAAACAGUGUAUCAUUCGAUAUCGAUCAAUCAACCAUUUUGUCCCAAGAAGAACUCGCCCGUAUCGACACCAUCAAGCGAAGUAACGCUUCGGCAGAUGUGCUACUAACGAUAGUGCUGCCCUUCAACGUUACCGUCCAGUCGGUGCACCGGCAGCUCAGCGAACGCAUCGGCAUAGUGCUGCGCGAUAACGUGCUGGACGGCGUGGACCUAGACUACGACAUUGCACUGCUCGACCACUACGAGCAGCAUCGGUACGGACAGUUUCUGCGCCAGCUGCGCACGGCACUGAGCGACAAGUAUCGCAUCAGCACCACGAUCGGGUGCCAUACGCUGGGCAGCUCGAAAGCGCUACUAACCGCGUUCAACGACCAGCUCGAUCUGGUGAGCGUGGUCGGCGUGAACAUGCUGGAAGACGAGCUGCUAAACCGUAGCGCCGAAGAGUUGCUGGUGCGCGAGUACGAAGCCGAGUACAUCGAGCGGCUUGUCAGCGGUGGGCUGCGGCCGGAAAAGAUUGUACUCAGCGUGCUGACCGUGGGCGUUGUGUUUAAUCCGGGAAGCUAUCGGGCGGUGCGGUCGCUACACCGCAGCCUACAGGUUGGUGUGCUAGCGUAUGGGCAGGUGUGUGAGCUAUUGCGCGAAAGGCAGGCAAAGUGUGGCGAUGGCAGCAAGCGUCCCACGUGCUCACUGUUCGCUGGCAGAGCGGCCGUCGUGUACGACAGUGAGACGACCGUUCGAUUGCGUACGGAGCAGGCCCACAGACUCGCUGCACGGGGCGUGCUGAUACUGCCGAACUAUGACGACACGGACAACAGGUGCGGAGCGGGUCCGUUUCCACUGUUUCGGAGCUUAAUGGAGGGUGUGAAGGAAUGGACAGCAUCGGAGAGCAGUGUGCUUGUUUGUGAUGGAAAGCAACGGUACGGGGAUGCUGCCGAUCGACUCGUAUACUACACAUUCUACAAUGGAAGGUUUCAGCAGCAUCGUUGCGCGGCAGGAACUCAUUUUAAUGAGCAGCUACAAGCUUGCGUAAGCACUCGAGAGGUAGCUCGUACCGAGCCGAAAGAUACGGAAUGUGACGCAGCACCACUGAGCGAAUAUUCAUCGACACCAGUUUAUCCUCCCAGCACCGAUUCCUCGACGACGACAACGACGACGACGUUGAGUGCUGUAGUGAAGGAAACGAUUGCACCAAACACCUCAACGCCAACCCGUUCGGUAAUGCAAAGCCUCGAAAGUGCCCUGACGUACCUGGAUGGCAUCAUUUACCGCGCGUUGGGCAUGGUGGAACGGUUAGAGAAUUUGGAACAAUCGCACCAGGAACGGACACAGACGAAGGCGGACUAUGUAAUUCCAUCGACAGUGGCAUCGGUAGCCGAACAGGACCACUACGCGGCCGAGGGGAGCAGCUUGGUGGAGGAAACAGUGACAACAACUGCUGCUGCCGAAAGUAGUACACUACUCGAGGGUUUGCUCAUUCCAGCCGGUUUGCCAUACUUUCGGUGAUAAACAAUAAAACUGUACCACAACCACCACGUGUACCACGUGUAUCGAGUUG